AUGGCGGCGAAGAGUUCGAGUAUCACUCUGGGAGGGAAAGGAUCUGCUUUAUCUUCUUCCUCCGUUUACAAGGUUGCUUGCGGCGUCGCUAAUGUAGUUAUCGACUCUUCUGCGAUAGAGAGAUUCUCAACUAAAACCCUUCAAUCGAUAGAACGAAGCUCCUUUGGUAUACCUCAAGGGUUAACGAACGAAGAGAUCCGAGCUUCUCUGGCUGUGCUCUUAAACAAGCUUCUUUUGUCCAACUCCGGCUCUUCCUCUUCCUCCACCGUUCGUUCUCUUCUUCCGUUUAAGAUUCGGGAGAUUCUGAAUUCGAGGAACGAGAGCUUCGAGUUCGGUGAGAUUGAAGUGACGGAAGGGGAGAACAUUGUGUUGGACAAGUCGUGGGCUUCGUUGAUCGGACUAUGUUCGAUUAUAGAUCACAAAUCGACGGCUCUUUCUCAGAUUGUUGAUUCCGUUGCUGCCUUGAGCUGCGAGGCUACGAGAGGUGAUAUCACUUCGUUUAGCUCGUUUGAUUCAGGAGAUGGGUUUGGUUGUAAAGAUGCGAUUAGUGUCGCCGGUGAUCUCAAGGUUUUGCUUAAUGGCUCUAAAGCUGUGGGGAAGUUUGAAAUCGAAGAGAUUUCGAAGAUUCCGAGGAUUCAUGGCAAGUUCAGAGAUGUGGUGAAGAGCUUGCACUCGGAUGCUAGGAUAGAGUUGAAUUCGGGUGUUAAAGGAGGCAAAACCGGGUCUGGAAACUCUGGGAUCGGUGAGGCUUUAGGAGCGACAUUGUCAGGUUUGUCAAAGCCGAUUCAAAGCUUGGGAGAAUGUUCAUUCCUUCGUGCUAAGCUAUGUUUUGAGUCCAUUGGAAACGAGGAUCUGAGGACUCUGCUGGUGGAGAAGAGCUCUGUUGAGUAUGAGAAUCUGAAGAAUGGCCUUAAGCUAGCUUAUGAUGCUCUCUUCGAAGAGGACUACUGCGGUUUUGCUCAUAAAUUGAAUGAGUGUGUGGGGAUUGUUUGGAGAAUCGUUGGUUUGGAAGCAGUUGCUGCCUUCUCUGCUCUUCCAGGUGAGAAGAGAAAAGAUGCAGACAAAGAGGAGAAGAAGAGCAAAGAUGUGAAGAAGGCAGUUUUGGGGAAGGGAACAAGCGUGGUUAUACAGUUUAUCAAAGAUAAUGGUGACAAGAUGGAGCCAUUGAGCGAGUGGGUGGAGCAAAUCUUGAAUCUUUUUAGUCCGGAGAGUCACAGUUUUGAUUGCUUGUUGGCUAAAGUGAAAGAGAUUGUAGAAAGUAAUGAUUCCAGGAGACUUCCCAAGCUUCCGAAGGGUACUCGAGAUUUCGCUGAAGAACAAAUGAUGGUACGAGAGAAGGCAUUUGCAAUCAUACAAAACGUGUUCAAGAAACACGGUGCAACUGCACUUGACACUCCUGUUUUUGAACUGAGAGAGACGCUUAUGGGAAAGUACGGAGAAGACUCAAAGCUGAUCUACGAUAUCGCUGAUCAAGGUGGAGAGCUUUGCUCGUUAAGAUAUGAUUUAACCGUUCCGUUUGCGCGGUUUGUGGCUAUGAAUGGAAUCACAUCAUUCAAAAGAUACCAAAUAGCAAAAGUUUACAGAAGGGAUAAUCCAUCUAAAGGGAGAUACAGAGAGUUUUAUCAGUGUGACUUCGACAUUGCUGGUUUGUCCGAACCAAUGGGACCUGAUUUCGAAGUUGUCAAGAUUCUAACCGAGCUCCUAGAUAAGCUGGAGAUCGGAGAUUAUGUGGUGAAACUGAAUCACCGGAAGUUGCUUGAUGGAAUGCUGGAGAUAUGUGGAGUACCACCUGAGAAAUUCAGAACCAUCUGUUCGAGUAUCGAUAAGUUGGACAAGCUGUCACUUGAGCAAGUGAAGAAAGAAAUGGUGGAGGAGAAGGGUUUGGCUUCAGUGGUUGCAGACAGAAUCGGCAACAUCGUUGAGGAGAAAGGACGUCCUAUGGAGCUGUUGUCGAAACUGAGACGAGAAGGGAGCGAGUUUUUAGCUAACCAGUCAACAAAGGAAGCACUUGAUGAGUUGAGUAUAAUGUUUGAAGCUCUUGCGAGAUCAAAGUGCAGUGAGAGAAUAGUGUUUGAUCUAAGUCUAGCUAGAGGUCUUGAUUACUACACUGGCGUCAUCUUUGAAGCCGUUUGUGUAGGAGCUGAGGUUGGAUCGAUUGCUGCUGGUGGAAGAUACGAUAACCUAAUAGGAAUGUUUGGGAAAAGGCAAGUACCUGCUGUUGGCGUGAGCUUGGGGAUAGAGAGAGUGUUCAACAUAAUGGAAGAGCAGCAAAAACAAGUGGUUCGAGCGACGGAGACACAGGUUCUGGUGAGUGUAAUGGAGGAUAAUAAACUAGGGGAAGCUGCGGAAUUGGCGAGUCAGUUAUGGGAAGCUGAUAUCAAAGCAGAGUAUCUUGUGAGCAAAAGGAGAGCCAAGCAUUUCGACCGUGCUACCAAUUCAGGGAUUCCAUGGAUGGUGAUGGUCGGCAAAACAGAGCUCAGUGAAGGUGUUGUGACGUUGAAGAAGCUCGUUAAGGGAAGCGAAGAGGAGAUUUCGAACGUUCCUAGAGAUAGUUUUGUUGCAGAAUUGUUGAAACGUCUCUGA